GCCAACAGCAACCUGCCCAUUUCUCUGACUUCCGCUUUCGAAUGCUUAAUUCUGAAAGUUGACAAAAUCAUACAAUUCAUGAAUAUCUAAAAGUGAAAAUUCAAGUAUCAAGAUUAUAAAGUGAUAUUAUUCAUCAUAAUGGAAGAGGGUCAAGUAUCAGAAAAAAGAAGCAGCAGCAAAGAUUUGGCAGAGAGAGUUAGGGCAGAAUCAAAGGAGACAUGGAGAAUUGCAUUUCCAUCUAUGUUAACUAAGAUUUGCCUUUUCGGAAUGGUUGUUGUUACUCAAGCUUUCAUCGGACGUAUUGGAGAACUUGAACUUGCUGCUUAUUCACUCAUUCAAAUCAUCACCGUUCGAUUCGGCCAAGGAACUUUGGUAGGCAUGUCAAGUGCAACAGAAACACUAUGUGGGCAAGCAUUUGGAGCCAAACAGCAUCACAUGAUGGGAAUUUACUUACAAAAAUCAUGGAUCAUCAAUUUUAUUACAGCAACUCUUCUACUGCCUGUCUUUAUCUUCUCAAACCAAAUCUUCAAACUAAUUGGUCAGAAAGCAGACAUUUCUGACAAAGCAGGAACUAUUGCCUUAUGGUUUAUUCCUUAUCUCUACAGUUUCGUAUUCAACCAAAGCAUUCAAAAGUACCUUCAAACUCAGCUCAAGAACAUGAUUGUUGGGUGGCUUUCUGUUAUUGCAAUCUUGCUUCAUUUGGUUUUAUCAUGGAUUUUUGUGGCUAAACUGAAUUUGGGAGUUUCUGGUGCAAUGGGUUCUUUGAUUAUAUCAAUUUGGUUCAUUGUGAUUGGAGAUUUUGUUUACAUUUUUGGUGGAUGGUGUCCUAAUACAUGGAAUGGUUUCACUUUUACUGCAUUUUCUGAUCUAUGGCCUAUUUUUAAGCUCUCAGUAUCCUCGGGUGUCAUGCUUUGCUUGGAAUUAUGGUACUUUGCUAUUUUAGUCUUGCUGGCUGGAUACAUGAAAAAUGCUACAAUUGCAAUUUCUGCUUUCUCCAUAUGCGUCAAUUUAACAACUUGGGAUUAUAACCUAUGCCUUGGCUUCCUGUCUUCUACAAGUGUGAGAACUGCAAAUGAAUUAGGGAGAGGAGAUGCUAAAGCUACAAAAAUUGCCAUUAAAGUGAAUUUGGCAACUUCAGUUAGCAUUGGAGUUGUGUUUUGGAUAAUAUGUUUAGCAUUUGGCCACAAAAUUGCUUACUUGUUUACUAGUAAAGAAGAAGUGGCAAAAUAUGUGUCAACCCUCUCUCUUCUGCUUGCUUUCUCCGUUCUACUGAACAGCUUUCAGGCAGUACUUUCAGGGGCAGCGAUAGGUGCAGGAAGACAGAGCACGGUUGCAUAUGUUAAUAUAUUUUGCUACUAUGUGGUUGGUUUGCCACUCGGUGUUCUUCUUGGAUUUGUACUCCACCUCCAUGUCAAGGGUAUCUGGAUUGGAAUGAUAGUUGGAGUUCUAUUGCAAGUUAGCGUACUCGGUUACAUUACAUCAACAACUAAUUGGGAUGAACAGGUGAAAAAAGCAUCACAACGUCUAAAUCGAUACUACAAACCUUCAGAAGAAUCUAAUGGAAAAUGUGCUGAAGAAACAGUGAAUGCUUAAAUAUUUAUUUCUCCACUCUCAAGUAGUUUGAUUGUAAUCAUAGAGAUUAGAGAGAAUCACACAAAUGCCAUUUCAAUAGUCAUAAACAUUUUAUCGAUAAAAAAAUAGUCAUAAACAUUUUACUUUUGAA